AUGUCAGAUAUUGAUCAAAACGAAACCAGUAGUUCUGAAAAUCUUAUAGAUCUAGAAAGUAGUGUUAGUGUCCCUUCUAGCGGGGAAUUAUACGAACCUUCUGGCGAAUUCGACUCCGAUGAUAGUAGGUACAGCAAUAUAUCUCAGUCGGAACAUGUUUUAGAUAGAACGAACAAUUCUAUAGGUAUCACUGACUCGGUUCUCGAAGACGCGAGAAACUUAUUUAAAUUAACUCUUAAUCAAAAUCAAGCAGUAAAGAAAAUAAUAAUGUCAAAGUUUAUGACAACACACCAAGCUUUAAACUUGAUCCCUUUGUUCAAUGGGGAAAAUGCUGAUGAUAGUUUUGCAUUUCAUAAUGCAUGCGAAUAUGCGUUACAAAGCAUCGACCCAGCAGAGAAAGAAAAUCUAAUUAGGGGUAUAACAACUCGAUUAAUAGGCAAGGCCAUACGUCCAUUUAGACAUAAGAAACCUACCACUUAUAAGGAACUUAAGGAAACUUUAGACCUCACUGUUAACAAAAAACAAACGUUAACGCAUUUACAUUCGAAAUUAUCAACAUUUAAGAUAGCUUCGGGGGAGUCUAUUCAGCAAUAUAGCGACAGGGCUGAGCAAUUAUAUUACGACAUUAUAGAAGCAUCCAUGGCAACAAAUGAAAUUUCUAAUACCGACGAUUUAUCCAAAAUAACAGAAAGGCAAGUUUUAUCAGCUUAUACCGAAGGGUUACCGCAUGAUACAAUAUAUGCAUUGUACAAUCAAUGA